AUGUCGUCCAAUAUAAUGCUACCGGAAUCCCCGGAUCCCAUUACACGAUCAGAAACUGUAGCCUCAAAGAUCAGCUUCAAUGAACAGUCUUCAUCUAGAACAAGCAAAGUUGCGUUUUCGUUCAUGGAGAAAAGAGCAAUGUAUCGUGUUGUGGUUGACGGUGCCGAUGUCACACCCGAAGACAUUCUCGAGCCUGAUUAUGUAAUGAUGGUAGAUACUUUUUCGCAUGCUGCCUUUGAAAACAAACCCCGUUUUAAAAGUGAAACCGGGCUUAAAGCUACGUCUAAAUCACGAUCCGUUACGGAGGGUGCGAUGACUGUUUUUGCAACGACAAUCUCUCUUGACGACAUUCAUAUCGAUCACACGCUCAACACGAGCGAGGGUUUUAUACCUGACGACGAAGUUCUCGAACAAGCGCCUUCAGCAUUUUAUCUCCCGAAAAGUAAACCAGUCAUGUCUUAUCCCCCUGAAAUUUUCAUUGUGCUUAAAGAGACAGAAACUUGUUAUUUGUUCGAAUUACCUAGUUUUGCUUUUGAGAAAGGUACUCCUGAAGCAGAUAAGGUAGAAGAGGAUAAUGAGUUUUAUCAAUAUAUUACUGUUGGAAAAGGGAGAAACAGAAAAAUGAUUGUGGAGGAAACACAAACUGAAGAGUAUAUUGCACAGACACGACACACGCUCGCGUCGAGACCCCAAAGGAAAAAUGCUAUAGCAUUCGCAUCUUUAUGGGACAUGCACGAUACCUACGCUAAACUUGCAAACGUGAAAAAAGUGGAAGAACCUGAUGAAAUGGUGCUCUAUCAAUCAGCAGCACCCAAUUUACUCAGAAAGAAGAAACUAAAUGUUUUUGACGCUUCCUUGAAAAAAGGAAAAUGUUUUGAAGAACUAGCGUCGACAUCAGAAUUCCUAGAUGCGGUUUUAUUGGCUGAACGUGUAUUAUCGACACUAGAAUAUUCUGAAGCUCAGAAGAAAUACCGUGGCUUGGUUCGUAUAAAUCCACUCUCGUUAGAUUUAGUGUAUAUUUACACAAUGAAACCUUUAUGGACUUUUGAAUGUGAAGAUACCAUAAACCGCCCCAUAACUGGAAUCUCAUUUAAUCCGAAGAAUGAGAAUAUAUUAGCAGUCGCUCACGGGAAAUUCCGGUAUGCUGAAUGCUAUAACGGCUUGGUCUGUAUUUGGUGUACAAAAAACCCACUAAAACCCGAAAGAGUUUACCAAUUCGAAGAUCCAUUAACAUCAUUGGCAUUUGCCGAAAAAAACCCUAACUGGCUAGCUUGCGGUUUUGCUAACGGUGACGUAUUGAUUUUGGACAUCACUUCAUACACCACAAAAAGCAUAGCGAAAAGUAAACGCGACACAAAUCCCUGUUUUGAACCAAUCUGGGUGACAAGUUGGCGAUCAAUUGAUAAGGAUAAUGAAUUCGUUAUGACUUCAUGUCAAGACGGAAGGAUCAACAAAUUUACUAACACUAAGACCCACGAUUUUAUAUGUUCACCCAUGAUGAGAAUAUCAACCGUCGAAGGUAAGAUGAAAGGGCUGGAAGCAACGAAAGCAUGUUUGAAAGUAGACGUUCCUAUAACGCGCUACCCAGCAGCGUUAUGCAUAAAAUGGCACCCGAACGUUGAGCACGUGUAUCUAGUUGGUACUGAUGAAGGAUGUAUUCACAAAUGUUCUACUCAUUAUCUGAAUCAACACAUCGAGGUCUUCAAAGCACACGCAGGUCCUGUUUACGGCAUGGAGUACUCCCCUUUUAUGAGUUCGUUGUUGGUGUCUUGCGGCGCAGACGGCGCUAUAAGAUUGUGGAUAGAAGGCAUGGAUGACGUCAUUAUGACGUUAACAUGUCCCGCUGCAGUAUACGGUAUCGCAUUCUGUCCAAUCAACUCCACGGUGAUUUUAUCGGUAAGCGGAAAUAUACUUUCCAUUUGGGAUCUGCGAAGGAAAACUCAUAUGCCGUGUGCGGAAUACUCUUUUCCUAAUAACGUUGUUCUGACGUACAUUAAAUUUGCCGCUUCGGGAGAUAAUGUCUUCGUUGGUGAGACGUCUGGACGCAUUCAUACAUUCCAUUUGGAAGACACUCCGAUACCACCGUUUUACCAAAGAAAGAUGUUAGACGAGGCGAUUAAAAAAGCACUGUGCACGAGACCACAGCUCUUGAAGCAACUCGAAAAAUUGGAAAAAUUUAGAGAGAAGUAUGCGAAAUAAUUAACGAAAUCAUUUUGAAUAAAAUUUGUACAUGUGAUAUUAUAAGUAGCAAUCAUGAAGCUAUUAAAAUUAUUUUAUUAC